AGCAAACAUUUCUGCUGGGAUCCUGGUCAAACACCAAUCCAAACUCCAUGGACGUCCAGAACGCCACUUAUCACUGUGUGGACAUGUUCAAUACCAAGUCGAAGGCCAAGAAAAUCUUCAAACUCGUCUCUGUCGAUUCUGCUCAAAUUCAGGUGACCAGCGAGAUAAACUACAGGAUUGAAGCAAUCCUGGCAAGAAGUAACUGUCUGAAGGUUGACUAUGACAAAUGGAACUCCUGCAAUCUGGAAAAAAGGCGCCUGAAGUGCACCUUUAACGUGGCUUCCCAUCCCAACAAAGAGAAAUACAACAUGCACAAAUUCUCUUGUAACAAAAUGUAAAUUUGGAAAAUGUUUUAUCUUAUCUUUUAUUAAUGCUACAAUUUUACAGCUUGACUUUUCUUUUAUACAAAGCAGAUAGUUUCUGACGUAAUAAAGCUUUUAUAACUGUUGUGUCUUACUGGAUGUUGGCUGAUGAAGAAAAACAAGAUGUGAUGCGG